AUGGGGUCUGAUAGUGGUGUCUCUAGUCGUGAGGAUUCAUCCAAUAGUGAUUGGAAUGAAAAUGAGAUAGCAGCUGCAACGACUGCAAUUGCAGCCUCUGCAUAUGUAAUGGGAGCUGCUGAAUAUUAUAGUGGUUAUUAUUUGAAGUCGUACGGUUUAGAGGAACAAGUCAUCAUGUUCCUGCAUACAAUUGGCUAUAAUGUGCGAAACUAUGUCAUUGGUAAUUGGUUUUCAAGGUCUGGAGAGAUAGUGAGUCGACACUUCAAUGGGGUUCUUGAUGCUGUAAUUGGUCUUUAUCCGGAAUAUGUCAAGUUCUCGGGCUUACAUACUCCGAAAGAGAUAUCUGAUAAUUUAAUGUGGAGCCCUUAUUUUCAGAAUGUAAUGGUAGCCUGUACAUUCGAUAUGAAAUUUGUAUAUGUGCUAGCGGGUUGGGAUGGUUCAGCCUCCGAUGCUCGUGUAUUGCAAAAUGCAUUAACUCGUCACCCUGAUUGUUUCCUUGUCCCUCAUGAAAAAUAUUAUGUUGUGGAUGCAGGAUAUGCCCACUUUUCUGAUUUUAUGGCACCUUAUCGAGCUUGCUGUGUCGUGCACAAUUUCAUCCUUAUUUUUGGUGAAGACGAUUUUUAUGAAGCAGUUGAGGAUAUUAGAGACAGUUCUGAGGAAAUCUCGCCAUCCCCUAUCGAGGUCAAUGAUGCUGAUGAAGAUCGCGCGUUGUCAUGUCUGAUAGACCGCACGAGAGAUGAGUGGAUCAGAAAAAUGGAUCAAAUUGCAGAGAGGAUGUGGAAUGAUAGCCUUCCUCGUACCCGGCAGCGGUAUUAA